UUAACCCACAAGACCUAUAAAGUAGUCAACCCAGUGGUUAUACUACGUGAUAGUUAUUACUAGCAUAAUUUCUCUUAACUAAGUAGAUUUGAAACAUUGUUCAUCCCCCUUUUCUAUUUAGAUUUUAUAGUUUAGAAAGGUUGAUUACACAUCGCUUUCAACCGUUCGAACCCCUCCACUCCGAAACCGAGACCGAAACCGAAACAAAAACCAAACCCCGACAGUCAAAUUCAGACUCCAACUCUCUGAAUAAGACAUAGAACUUACCGGUUAAUCAAUAAGAUUGAUAUCAUUAAACAUAUAGUUAUGGCUGGUACAAGGCGAUCAUCGAGAGCCAAUAAGGGCCAACAUACCAAACGAUUAUUAGAUGAAGUAUAUGAAGUUACAACUCAAAGUGAUAGCGAAAAUGAAGGAGAUAAAGAUAUUAAAGAAAUAGGAUAUAGAAAGAAAAAAAUUAGACGAGCAGGAGGUAAAGAAGAAGUAGAUGAAGAAUAUCAAGAAUCAGAAGAUAACAAAAAGACUCCACAAACUGAAGAAAGUGAAGUUCGAUGUACACCUUGUGGAACUGAUAAUUCAAAUUAUGAUGAAGAAAAUGAUAAAGGUGGAACAUUUGUACUUUGUGAAAAAUGUAAUACUUGGCAACAUGCUAGAUGUAUGGGAUAUAGAACAAGUAAAGAUAUUCCAGAAAAACAUAUAUGUAAUAUAUGUCUUGCAGAAUUGAAAAAAGUUGAUAGUAGUUUAAUUAUUAGAGAAAAAUUAAAGGAUGAUCAUCGAGUUAGUACUGCCUUAGCCUUUUAUAAUUAUUUUAAAAAGAGUUUCCCAGCUGAUUAUGAUAAGAGUAAUGAAGAAAAGGAAAAGCAAGCAUCUGAUUGGGCUCUUGAAAUUGAAGAUAUAAUAUUUACAACUUAUGCUGCUAAACUUUAUAUUGCAGAAGGUAGAAGAAUCUUAUUCUUAUUAAAGAAAUAUUUUAUGAAAGAUAUUCUUAAAGGUACUAUAACUUUAGAUCAAGUUGUUAAAAAGACUCCUAAAGAAAUUAAUCAAGAAAUUGAAAGAGUAGAAGCUUUAAAUCAUUCUAAUAUUAAAAAUAUUAUUUUAACAGAAAAUGAUUCAAGAGAUAUUAUUCGUAGAACUCAUAAGGGAGAUAUUAUUCGUGAGAAUGAAAAUGAAAGUCAAGAUUCUAUUGAUAUUAGUAUUGCUACUAAGAAAGUAGAUCAUAGAAGAUUUUCUGUUGAUGAAAAUGAAAUAACCACCAAGCCAAGAAUAGUGGCUGAUACAGAACAAGUUAGUGCUUAUAAUAAUAUUAAUCCUCGUCUUGAAGAAGAUGAUGAAGAUGAAGAGAAUGCUUAUGAAGAACAAGUUGAAGAAGAUAAUGAUGAAAAUACUGAACUGACCAAAGAUGAGACUUCUCGUCAAAAUUCAACAGAGAGUAAAUCAUCAGUUGAAUCAAGUGAUUUAGAGCAUGUUAAUGAUAUUAUUGAUGAUAAAGCAUUAGAUCAAAUCAUUGGUCAUGAACCAGAAAUUCCUAUAAAAACUGCUCCUAUUUGGAAGGGAACUAUCAAAUUUCCUGAUUUUGCUGAAUUUCAAGGUUCAGCUUCUUAUUAUACUUCUACUAGAUCUAAAAAUUUAUCUACUUCUAUUGCUAUUUGUAGUGAUAUUUUUACCAAUAGUACUUACACAGUUAUGGGUAGAUUAGAUAGAAGUACUGCUGAUGGAUAUUUAGAUAAAAUAAUGAAAUCAAGAGAUCUCUAUUUUGUUGAGAUUAAGAGUAUUUAUGAUGAUGAUGCUGAUUUUAGUAGAUUAUAUCUGUAUCUACUUAUUCAAAAUAAAGUUGGAGUUCUUUCUGGGAAACCAUCAUUUGUAAAGGAUUCCUAUCUUGUACCCAUUGAUUUCAGAGAUAGUAGAAUGCCUCGAUAUAUUAGAGAGCAUAAAAAGGAUAUGAGAAUAGGUUUAUUUGCUAUAUUCGUGGUUAAGAGUGAGUAUGUACCCAGAGUACCACAAGUAACAACUACAAGUACAACUACAACUACUGCUACGAAUGGCGCACAUGCACAUAUUGACUAUGAUGAAGGGUAUGAUCCUACUCGACCAUCUACUCUACAUUACUAAACAAGAAAAGUCCACUGCACCUCACACUCCCCCAUAGUAUAAUAUGUAUGAUCCGUAUGAUUUGUAUGAUUUGUAUAAUUUGUAUAAUUUGUAUAAUUUGUAUAAUUAGUGUAUAUAUAUUCAAUUAUUUGCAAUAUUUCUAGCAUUAUUUAUCUUAAGUAAUUCAAUUCCUACAUGCCUGUAAUAUUCUUUGAUUUUUACACUCAGAUAGAAGAUUUUUAUACUCAUUUGCUUAUUAAAAAAUUAACUGAUUUAGUCAACUGUACCCUAUCUAUUAGUCCGGACAUCUUGAUUGUAGUAGCUCAAACUUGUGAUAAGUAAUUGGCUAAUAUUGCAGCUAAAUAGCAACUUUUUGUUGUACACGAC